AUGGAUCAAGCCAACAGAAAUUACAACCUUGCAUCUACCAAUAAAGACCCACCUGCAAAAAAAUUCAUCAGACACCAUCGAUUCAAUAUCAUACUUGCUUCAAUUCUGGCUCUUUCAGGCAUAUCAAUCUUCAUAGCUUGGCUUGCCACACUACCCCACAAACCCAAUUUUGUUGUAAACUCUCUCUCUUUAUCAAAUUUCAAUGUCUCCCAAACGCAGCUCAAAGGAAACUCCUCCAAUACCCUCAUAAUUUCCAUAGUAAACACAAACAAGAACGCGUAUUUGGUCAUUGACACUUUCAAUAUCUAUUUGUACCAUCACGAAACAGAGCUCUCUGCAGCAAUAGUGCAGAGUCCCAUCUACUUGCAAAGCAUGAGCUUGAUAGAGAUGAAGGCUGAGUUUGGAGGAGGAGGAUUUUUUAGGAGCAAGGUGGUGGAGAUUAAGGAAGGUGAGAAUACACAGCCUUGGGAACAAAAUAAAAACGUGCUCAAGUUAUGGACCAUAGGCAAUGGUGAUUUUGUAGUGAAAAUUUCAGUGAGAGGGAGAUUUAGAUAUCUAUAUCAAAUGCUUACAAGACGAAUGAACCUUGAUGUUUAUUGUGGUAUCAUUGACAUGCAUUUUUCUACUGAUCAUGACUUAUGGAAUGUUUCUGGUGGAGGAUUCUGUGAUAUAUAG